AUGGCGUCCGAGCAGAGUCGCCGCGAGGAGCGCGCGCAGUCCGCGGCGCAGAAGGCAGCCGAUGAGCUCGCCGCCGCCAGGCGGGACAUGCACGAGCCCAGCAGCCCUGGACGGCGGACCGGCAUCUUCGGCAGCGUGCAGGAGAGCGCGCGCUCCCUGCUGGGCGCCGUCCGCGACACCUUCUCCGGCAGCGCCCGGGACACACCCACGGCCUACGACAGCCACUCAGCCGGCGCCACCGACACCGCCGGGGAGAAACUCGGUGAGUACGGCGGCUACGCCUCCCAGAAGGCCGAGGAAGGGAAGGAGAGCGCGAGCGAUAUGACGGAGGCCGCCAAGAGGAAGGCCGCGGAGACAAAGGACGCGGCGGCUGAGAAGGCGAAGGAGACCAAGGACGCGGCGGCCGAGAGGGCGAGGGAGAUGGCGGAUGCCGCAGCGCAGACCAAGGACGCGGCGGUGGACAAGACAAAGGAGACGGCGGAGGCCGCCGCUAGGAUGACCAUGGAGACCAAGGAUGCGGCGGCGGAGAAGACGAAGGAGACGGCGGAGGCCGCCGCGGAGAAGGCGAAGGAGACCAAGGACGCGGCGGCUGACAAGGCGCGUGGUGCGGCGGAGAUGGUGACUGACAAGGCGGGUGGCGCCAAGGACAUGGCGUGGGAGACGGCAGAGCAAGCCAAGGAGUACAUGGUGGACAAGAAGGAGAACGCCCGGCAAGCUCUAGCCGGCGACGCCAAGGAAAGGAAGGGCGAAACGUAUGAGUCAGCGAGGCAGCAGGGAGAGGAGGUGCGGCGUCGUGCGGCGGAGAAGGCCCAGGAGGAGCAGCGGCGCACGAGCCAGCCGUCCGAAGAGGAGAGGUCGAAGUCGGCAACAGGGAACAUCUUCGGGGCGGCGCAGGGGUUGACGCAGGCGUUCAAGGAGAAGAUGACGAUGCCGACGGACGUGAUCGAGCAGAAGCUGGCCGAGGCGCGCGGCGGCGGCGCUGGCACGAAGGGAAUGCCGACGGCCGCGGGGAAGGGUGAUGCACACGACGAGGACGACGUGAUGACGCGCGUGAAGGCGGCGGACCAGAUGACCGGGACGGGGUUCAACGACGUGGGGAAGAUGGGCGAGGAGGGCACGGGCACGGGCAUGAAGGCGGCGCUGAGGGCCGACGACGAGGAGGAGGACGUGAUGCUGCGGGUGAAGGCGGCGGAUCAGAUGACAGGGCAGAUGUUCAACGACGUCGGCUUGAUGGGCGAGGAGGGCACCGGGUGGGCGCCGGCGAGGCGCGCCGCGCGGAAGGACGCCUGA